UAAUAGAAAGUUGUGUGGCGGGAAAAGUAUGAUUAAGGACACCUCUUUUCUGUUCUGUCUUGGCCGCUAAGCUCACCACCUGUAAACAAAGACACCCAAUAAAGAGAGCUACCAAUCUUUUGUACAAUAAGCAAGCAAGAAAAGGGAACAAAACAUUGGGAAGUGGAGUUAGAGAUAGGUGUGCUCUAUUUGGAAUCACGCUAGAUUGAAAAUAAUGGCCACUGUUAACAGGAGCUCGGAAUGGGUCGGAAAUGCCUACCUCUACGUCAUGGGUGAUCCUAACCGCAAGUCGUACGCUCGUAACAGUAAAGGUUUUGAACCAAUGGAAAACUUUUUCCCUGCAAUACCCAAACCGGAUUCAGUGUAUGGAGACAGUGACUCGGAUAGUGGGACAGAGGAGCUGGUUAAGGAACGCCAUCAGAGAAUGCUGGAGGCCAGACAGAGACGAAUGGACAAGAAGAGAGAGCAGGCUCUAGCAAAACAGGCACUAGCAGAGCAGGCUCUAGCAAAGCAGGCACUAGCAGAGCAGGCUCUGGCAAAGCAGGCUCUAGCAGAGCAGGCUCUGGCAAAGCAGGCACUAGCAAAGCAAGCACUCCAGGAGGAUAAUCGUACAGGCAAUGGGCAGCAAGUAGAUCUCAACAAUGAUGCCUCCCUUAACCAAACAAGUCAGGCCCCUAUCAUUGUUGAUCCAGACACCAGAGAUACCAGCACUGUUCAGCCAAACAUGAGAGAGACCACCACUGUUGAGUUAGUCACCAAGGAAACCACAGUCACUAGGGCUCCCCGUGACUCCACACACACCAUUCUAGUGGAGGAGGGCAACACUGCACACACUACAUCCAUUGAGCAACAGUACUCUCCUGAGAUCUCAAUGGCGGACGGUUCCCUCCCAAAGCAGUUCAACACACUGCAACCUUCUAGGCUGGAUUUCGAUGGCAGCUCCUCUGAACCAGAAAGAAAUACACGAAUGGCUCCUCCACUAAGCACUGGUGAAGUGCCCAAGAAAACCAAAAGAAAGAAAACUUUCACCAUGCCUAGCAAACGAAAAUCGAGAAAGUCUGUUCGAGUUCAAUCUGAGACCUCCCAGUCAGACACUGAUACUAACAUAGAGACUGGGGGCUCCUUCAAUCCUCCCAUCAGCAGCACGCUCAAUCCUGAUCAAGUUCUGACAGCUAAAUCUCAGAAGAAGAAAGGUGCUAGUGGCAGUAAGAAAGAGAUCUCUAGCAUUCAACCAUUCAAGAAAUUUGAUAACACAGAUUCUGACAGUGAAGCUGACCCAAAUACAACUAUGGAAAAAUUACUGGGUGGAGCUCUGAGUCGUCUCAGCAAAUACCAAACACUUUUAAGCCGGGGACAGCCCGGGAAAUCUUCUCAAGAUGAAGGAAGUGACGUAUCUAAAGUAUCGAUACCUAAAGAAGCUACUAAAAAGAGCCAAAUACCCAUCAGCAAGAGAUCAAAGUCAAUGACAGGGAAAAAAAGAAACAUUGAAUCUGAAGUUUUGAUCUCGGAAAAGGAAAAAGCAACAAUUGAAUCUGAAGAAGAACCGGCUACUAAAAAAACCAGAGCAUCCACCAGAAAAUCUCUUGCCGCUAAGUCAGCAGCCAAAAAUAAGGAAUCUACUCUAAAGAAAAAUCGAAAAACUUCACCUACAAAAUCAAAGGGCAGGCCUUCACAGAAAAAGGACAGACAAUCCAUUUUGCCAAAAGAGCGAACUCCAAGCCCUCCAAGCUAUGAGUCAAUGGUGACCGAUCACGACAUAGUUUCUCCCAACUUGCUACCUAUGAACAGCCCUCCAUUUAACGAUGAUGCUACUGCAAGCACACAAACCACACCCACCCCCUCUGAACAGCCUACUCCAAACGACGGUGGUACUGCCAGCGUACAAACUACUCCAAACGAUGGUGGGACUGCCAGCGUACAAACUACACCCACCCCUUCUGAACAACCUACUCUAAGCAACUCUCAAAGAAAGUUCUUAAAAGUGAAACGAUUCUCCAUAAUGUUAACUAAAACUGUCUCCCCUCCGGGAUCAGUGCCGGGAUCAGCGGAAAAGAGCACCACUACAAAGAAACAAAGCGUUCGAAGCAAAGCUAACAAAUCCGAUGACCCUGUACCCAAUCGAAAAAAGUCGAAUCGAAAAUCUAGUGUUGGAUCUAGCAAGCCCAGCAGCGGUAGCAGUUCAAACCCUGAAAAAUCACAUACUGUGCGCAAAAAGAAAGGCAAAGGGAAGCCUGAAACAGAAGUGGAACAUGUUGAACGUGAAUCUCCCCCUGUAUCUGGCGAUGAAGUAGCUGGGGCCCCUUCUCCUGAUAUCUCAGUACUGCCCAAUCUAAUACGAAAACGAAAAAAUCAAACUAAACUCCAACCAGUGAAACGUCGUAAAAUUGAUCAACUCCAAGGGGCCGAUGAAGAGUUGGAGUUGACUCUGUCUCCUGGAGGCAGGCAGUAUCGUAGGCACAAGGUUGGCCCUAGAUCAGCCAGAACACCGGGUGUACGCCGCUCUAGACGUACUAAGAUUCCACCUGUACGACCGUGGCUUGGAGAGAAGGUUGAGUAUGAGAUGAGGAGGAAGUCAGGAGUGAGUCUAAAAGGAUACCUGGUCCCAAACUACGAUCUGGAUGAGCCUGCUCCUCCCAAGAGAAAGCAUACAAAGAGAACCACUUCUCAGGAGGCAGUAAAUGCAACUGAUAGUGAUUUUGAGAAACUCACCAUUGGAGAUAGCUCAAAUGAAGAGGAAUGGACGGUGGUGAGGACCAAAGCUUCCUCUGACAAGAUUGAGAUUAACGAGUUGGCUAACAUCGACUACUACCGUUUCUACUCCACCAAUGCCAUUGCAUUCGGUGUCAUGUCAUUCCAACCAAUGGCCAUUAAAGAUAGCUGCUCUAACUUGGACCACCAGAUUGUGUUUCAUAUAACCACUGGAAGGCUUCAGUUUAAAGUGAAUGACAUAGAGUACAGUGUUCAGCCAGGAAUGACUGUUCAUAUACCACCGAGCUCAUUUUAUCGAAUUCAGAACUUGCACAGAUCUAAAGCUGAAGUAUUUUAUGUGGCACACUCUGUUAAAACCAACACAGACUGACAGUUAUAUAUGUAUAGUUAUUAUGUGUGUAUAUGUAAUUAGUAUGUAAAUCCAAUUUGAUUUUAUUGCAACAUGUUUAGCGGCCACUUAUCGAGUCUCAUAAUUGAUAUUAUUGUUUCGAUUAA